AUGCCUGCCAUCAGUGCUUCCGGGUUGAAGCCCGUCUGGCGUGUUACCUUUGAUGCACCGGCUGUCGUACAUCGAGUCGAGCUCUCCAUUCCGACUGUGUACAUGGAUGAGCAUCCAGCGCACUACGCUGAGGUGUUUGAUAUUGUCCUGUACAAUUCUGCCGACCUGCCGCUUCGUUCGACUCGCGUCUUUGGCCAACGCACACACAUCUGGGCGAAUGUGGAUGCCACCCAGGCCGCUUACCUGGAGAUUCAGGGCGUCUCUGAUCGUGCUGUGCAGCUCGCACUUGAUCGCGUCCGUGUCAUUGGCGGCUUUGAGCGCGAUUGUCUCCCUCUUGUGUCGUUUGAUCUGGCAUAUCUUGCCAACGACAUUCGCUUGGCUGGCGAGGUGGUCCACGUCUCGAAUGCAUCACUGGGCGCUUCCGUUUUGGCCUCCAGUCCACAGAAUUACCUGGUGUACUCGGUGCUUUCUGACUGGCACCCAGCUAGUACGAGCUCACUGCCGCAGCUCAAUUCAGCCGCCAUCGCACAGCUCGACAUCACCAACAGCGACAACCAGCAGCGGGUUGUCACGGAUGCAUCCUUUGAGUCGGCACUCGAUGAUUUGGUGGCUUCGUGGCUGAAUGGUGAUCUUGCCAACAACGGACUCGCUCUCCGCCUCGACCUGGACCAAGUCGGUAAAGCGAGUUUCGACCGUGACGAGUUUACUCUGUCGUUCAACCUGCGACGCUUCCUUUGGCGUAACACUUCGUUGAGCGACUGUUCUGCGCGAUGCGGCGCAGGUGUUCGACACGCAAUUAUUCAAUGCUAUGAGCGCACCCACAGCGACAACGGACAGCCUCAAUACAUUGUCGUGGACGAUUCGUUCUGUCGGUCCAGCACUCGCCCGCCCGCAACAGUUGCAUGCGAUGCUUUCGAUUGUGACUACGAGUAUCGACAGCUCUGUGGCGAUUGUCUUUGCACUGAAACCUCGUGCCAGUUUUCCGAGGCGCGGCAAUCGACGCUUCAAUGCUUGCACAACACUGGCAGUAGCGGCUCGGAAGUUCCAGUUUCGGUGUCUCUCUGUGAGAAGCACGGUCUCCAGAUGCCAAACUCCACAACCUGCCCGAGCUGCAACUGCACUUCUGGAUGUGAGCUCAAGUGGGAAGUGUCGACGUGGUCAUCCUGUGAACCUGCGUGCGGCGCUGGCACGCGCACUCGUAACAUCACCUGUACUCGCCGCGAUCCAUCCCAUCCGCCGCAUUUCUGGCCCACUGCAACUCCAUCCGAAUGUGCACGUCUUUCUGAUCCUCCGAGUGCCCUCGAGUCGUGCUACUCGCGUGAUGGCUGCUCGAACGGCGAUGUCAACACAGGCCUCGAUCCAUCUGCUGCCGUUUGGCCAAUUCUCGCCGAGACCCGCAUCCUCGAACUCAACAGCACAAUCUCGCGUGUUGAAUCCUUGAUCCAACUAGGCGAGCCGCACCUCUCCGCCGAGUUGCUUGUUGCGCAAAUUGCUCGCGACACGCUGUCAGCGCGUUUCGAGAGCCAAGUUGUCGACUCACGCACAAGCAUGGACUUGGCCAAGCUGUCCGUCGAACUCGAGGUGGUCGAUCUGCAAAACGAGCUGUCUGCGUCCCACACUCGCCAAGAGUCCGAUCUGCCGACCAAAACGGUUGCUCUCGAGCAGCUGGAGCUGGACGCUCGUAUGGCAUCUGCACGAGCGACAAUCAACAUGCCUGGGAGUGGCGUGACGUCGUACAAGAACAUUGGCAUGCUCGGAUUCGGAUACCACAUCUUCAAGGGCAACCCUCUUCCGUCGUCUGGCGUCGAUCCCGGGUUCACCUUGCCUGUCCUCAAGGUGGAUUACUCGAUGCGUCGCAUGACCGCUGAUGGCAGCACGAUGCUUCCUGACCGCGUCGCCGUCAUUCCGUACGCUUCCGCGCAGUUUGACAGUCGUUCCCACCUCGUAACGACCUCGUCCGAGUACGCAGAAAGCUUGGAAGUGGACGUGUCCAUCGAAACCUCCUUCUCGUUCAGUGCUCUCGUUGAAGGUGGAGGUGCCAAGUUUUCGGCGUCGAACGACUACAAGCAGGCCUCAGAGAUGCAUCAGUCGUCCGAAUCUGUUUCAAUCACCACCAUUGGCACCGUCUUGACAUAUGUGGCAGAGUUCCUGGAUGACACGCCUCCGCUCGCCGACCAUGUCAUUGAAAUGUUCAACGCGCUCCCGCCGCCCGCGUGCUGUGAUGGUCUUGUGCUUCCCUCGCACGCUGGAGUGAGCAAGGAUCGUUCGGCGUGCACCGCAAUCCAUGCAAACUGUGGCGACCUUUACCUUCGGUUUUUGGAGAAGGUGGGGACCCACACCCUCAUCGGCGUCCACAUGGGCGGGAAGUCCAUUCGAGUGUACACCAUGGCACAAACCGAGUUUGAGUCGAGCGUGGAACAGUCGGAUGCCUUCAAGUCAUCAUUGUCGCUUUCGUCUUCUGGAAUCGAGUCGAGCUCCAUCGACACGUCCUUGAGCAUCAACAAGCAAAGCUCCCUUAAGCAAGCCGUCAAGGAUCGCACCGAGUCCCGCCGCGAGACGUUCAUGGGUGGUGACCCAACCGCAGGCACAAAUGAUCCGGAAGACCCCACAAACAUGGACGGUGACAAAGAGUGGAGCACGACAGUGUCGAAGAAUCCAGUUCCGAUCAAGUACAAGUUGGUGCCCGUGCUGCAGGUGCUGGCUGUCGCGCGUUUGUCCAAUGGCACCAACCAGGAGCUUGUCGGCUUGAAGCUCGACCUUUUGACCCGUUUCUACUUGCAAGUGUGCGCAAGCACACCUGGUGCUGACUGCGAAGUCCCGGCCAAGGCGGACGAGGUGGGAGUGCACUUUGGCGACUAUGUCACCCUCUCUCAAGUCAUCUCGGCAAGCAAUCACAUGGUCAUGGCAGAGGACCCCAAGCAAGGCAGGCUGAUUGCUCGUCAGGUGCCAGCGUCGAACGAGGACGUGGCAGACACGCACAUGGACAUUGUCAACCUUCCUGAUGGCGUUGUCUGCUCGUCGUGUGGUGAUUCAAGCCGCUACUUUAAUGGAGAAGCUUGUACAAUGUGCAAGAAUCCACACACGACUUGUGCACCAGUCCAGCACGAGUCGUGGUCCGAGGUCAUCCAAUCUGCAAACCGUGCGAGCGACAAGGGACCGGCUGGCAUCUAUCAGCCCAUGUGGACCGCGCGGUCGAAUCCUGAGAACGCGUUUGUUCGGCGCGGUGGUGACCAUGACGACAACUGGUACAUCUUCCAGCGCUGGGGUUGCUACAGCGCACAGCAUCCAGACUUUUUCACUGGCUGGAGGGCGUACGGCGCCAGCUCCUUCCGAAAGCAGCCGGUCGUCGACGUGGGCCUCGAGCGAUUGCGCAUCAUUUCUCCGUCGAGCGUUACGACAGGCAUCUCUUCGCCAGUUACGUAUGGCCGUCUCUUCAUGCUCGCCACGUCGUCGGGACUGGUGGUGCGGUCGUUGCAGCGCGACUGGUUUGACAUUAAAGCAACGAACGAGCAGUUGAGCACACUGCCGCUUCGUUUCCGCUUUGUCAGUCGCACUGCGGCAACCGGCACUGUUGUCCACUAUGGAGACAAUGUUGCAAUCGAAGAGGUCAUUGUCACUGGCCAACUGAGUCCGUCCGACCAAGCAGCCUUGCUGCAACGAACGCGUUUCCAGCGGAUGGAGCCGCACUAUCUCACCAUCAACAGCGGCAAUGGGUUGGUUCCCAUCAGCCAGAAUAUGACUGUGCGCUCUCGUAUGCUGACAGAGAUUGGCGAUCUGGAAUGGACUGUUCACCUGUCUCGCAAUCCGACCAGCACGAGCCUCUCGUCCGUCACUCCGCUGUUGUCGUACAGCCGGCAAGGAGACGAUGUGCUGAGCCGCACGUUGCUGUUUUCUGCGACAGUUGACCUGCUCGAGAGUGCCGGCGUUGACGACUUGAACACGUUGCAAGCUCGCUUGACGUUUAACGAUCCCGUCACUCGCGACUCGCCAAUCGCCCAGUACCCAGGCCGCGACCGCCUCUCCACGAUCACCGAUGACGCCUUCCUGACCCGGCUCGAUUUUGUCGUGCAGCUGCUGCGUCCGACCACUGCCGGGCUUGCCUUACAUCUGGCUUCCAGCUCGGACGCAAUCCUGACGUCCGGAAAUGCAGGCAUUGCGCGAGAGGUGAAGAUUUCCUCGGUGCGUAUUUCAACCCGCGGUCGUUCCAGUACUGCCUACCAGUUUGUUAUCAAGCUCGCCGAGCCAGCCCAUGAUGGCGACGUGCUGAGCGUUUCUCUCAGUUCUCCAGAGCUGGUCAAGUCCACCAGCCAGGGUGUGUCUGUGGCUCCCGCUGACAACCAAGCCCUGUCCGAGCUUGUGCUUCCAGUUCGCUUCCAGCUGAGCAACAACUCGAGCAUUGUGUUCCAUUCCACUUCAAGCAACGGUGCCGAGACGACCGUGCCACUGACGUUUUCGACGGGUGUUGUGAAUGCCGAGCGUGACUUCCCCUCGGUCUCUGACUUUGUCGUGACGGACAGUUCUUCGCCGGCGCGUCUUUUGACGAUUGUUUCGGCGCAGUGCCAGGUUAUGAAUGGGACUGGAAACGCGCUGGUGUUGGACUCUGUUCGGCACGAGGCAGACGUUCAAUCGGGAUGCGUGCAUGUCCUUGUCGGAGUUGCGACCAGCGAUCGCAUGCACCUCACCUUGCCCUUGUACAUUGACGUCGUUCAGGCGCGUAUCCGUGCGGCCCAACGUGUCGAAUAUGCCGAGCGGCGCCGUGUGGCGUUUUAUGAUGAAUGA